GCGGCCGGUGUGAGUGUCAGCGAUGGCGGCUCAGGGGCUGAGGGGGGAGCGGGGCUCGGCGGUGCUGGAGCUGCCCCGCAGCCCGCGGUUGGUGUGCGUGGAGUACCCGGGGCUGGUGCGGGACGUCGGGGCCAUGCUGCGGACGCUGGGAGGAGAGCAGGGGGUGUCGCGGAUCUACGCCGACCCCGCCAAAAGGCUGGAGCUGUAUUUCCGCCCCAAGGACCCUUACUGCCACCCGGUCUGUGCCAAUCGCUUCCCCACCUCCACCGUGCUGCUCAAAGUCAGGAGGAGGACUAAGAAGAAGAAGAAGCAGCAGCAGUCAGACACUGAAGAACAAACCCAGCCAGAAGUCCAGUUUGAAAUGGAAAUUCUUGGGACUGUCACCACUCUUUACAAAUUUCAAGGAAUGUCUGAUUUCCAGUACCUGGCAAUGCACUCUGGUCCUGAUGGCAAACAAACCUCCAUGUAUGACAAAGUCCUAAUGCUCAAACCAGAGAAGGAAGAAUUUUUCAACAGGGAAUUACCCCUCUACAUCCCACCCCCCAUCUUCUCACGUCUGGACACUCCUGUUGAUUAUUUCUACAGGCCAGACAUUCAGCACAGGGAGGGAUACAACAACCCCCAGGUGUCUGGUGAGAACCUCAUUGGCCUCAGCAGGGCCCGUCGCCCCCACAAUGCAAUCUUUGUGAACUUUGAUGAUGAAGAAAUCCCCACAAAACCCCUGGAUGCUGCUGUGCAGACCUGGAAGAAAGUGUGCACCAGUCCUGUGGAUAAAAAGGUGGAGGAAGAGCUGAGAAAGCUCUUUGAAGUCCGCCCAGUCUGGUCCAGGAAUGCAGUGAAAGCCAACAUCAGUGUCCACCCAGACAAGCUGAAACUCCUGCUGCCAUAUCUAGCCUAUUACAUGUUAACAGGUCCUUGGAGAAGCCUGUGGGUGAGGUUUGGGUACGACCCCAGGAAACACCCUGAGGCCAAGAUUUAUCAAGUCCUGGACUUCAGAAUUCGCUGUGGGAUGAAAUAUGGUUAUGCCCCCAAUGACAUGCCUGUGAAAGCAAAACGCAGCACAUACAACUACAGCCUGCCCAUCACUGUCAAGAAGCCAGUAAGUCACACUGUCAGUGUGCAUGACCUGAAACAGGGGCUGGGUAUCUCUGCUGCAUCCAGUGCAAAAAAGCCUCCCUGCAGCAGGUAUAAACUGAAGGAAUCCAUCUACAUUUUCCGGGAAGGAGCCUUACCCCCUUACAGGCAGAUGUUCUACCAGCUCUGUGACCUGAACGUGGAAAGCCUCCAGAAAAUCAUCCAUCGGAACGACGGCGCAGAGUCGGAAUGCACAGAGAGGGAUGGGUGGUGCCUUCCCAAGACAAGUGAUGAGCUGCGAGAUACCAUGUCCCUGAUGAUAAAGCAGAUCAUCAGAUCCACAAGACCUGCUCUUUUCUCAAACACAACAAGCAGUGAAGAUGGCAAAGAGCAGAUGGCAUAUGAGUCUGGAGAGGAUGAGGAUGACGAAGAGGAGGAGGAAGAAGACUUCAAGCCUUCUGAUGGGAGUGAAAAUGAAAUGGAGACAGAAAUUCUGGACUAUGUGUGAACUCAGUGAGAGUUUGGCUGCUGCUGAACAGAAUCAUCUUCACUCUUGUUCCUUGAGAACUGAGGAGUCAGCAACCAUGGCCAGGCUGUAAGAAAGCAGAACUUGUACUAAGCUGGUGACAGCCUGUCUGCACUGACUGGUGCCUGCUGAUGGCUCUCAUUUGGAUGGUUGGGAGCCACUGCCUACAUUUUGAUAAUUGUUGGCUAAUGAGUCCUCAAGAAACCUCAACAAACUCUCAAGGAGGAGCCCAGGUAGCAAACAAGCUGGCAACACACCAGCAAAGAGGAGCAGUUGCAUUCCCAAACCUCUCCAUUUGUGGGAAAUGCACUGUGGCCAUGUGGAAAACAGUAAAGAUACCUGAGGAGGUGGAGGGUGAAGUGCUCCAGGAAUCCCUCAGGCAGAUGCUGCCCUUCUGCUUGUCUAAGAGGAAUGAAAAUACUGUGUCAUGACUUCAGCAGUGAGCAGUGCUGGAGAUCUUGAAAAUAAAGCUGGCAGGAGAACAUGCUUUCUGGCAGUGCAUGAUGAUUCCCCUCUGUGGGAUGUAGGAGGUGGUGUCCUUAUCAGCUGAGGCACUUCUCAAUUCUGACUUCCCCUGUAAUUAGCCAGGACUGAAGCAAGCAGGCAGUGGGGCAGAGCAUCCUGUCCAUAGACUUUGGCCACUCACUAUUCUGCCAUUGCUGGCUGGAUUGUUACCACCCAGUCAC